CAUUUUGUCUUUCUAUUUCCGAUUUGAUCAGCAUGAAGGCCAAGGGUGUUGCGGUUAACUUUUUCAUAAAGAAAAUUAAUUUAAAACCUUUAAAAACCAUUAAAUUUUCAUUUGAUCCAUAUCACAAUGGAGUGCGCUCAAUACGAGAGAUGAUGUGCAUUGUAAAUUCACCAAAGAUGAUAGAUACCAAUCAAAGUAUAGUAACUAAGGUUGACAUCAAAAGUGACAGAAGCAAUCCAGAGAUGAAGCUCGAUUUUGCUGAUGGUCAGACAGUAAUUUUCAAAACCGAACAUUUAAGUACAAUGAUAAUUGCACAAAAACUUGCUAAACUGUGUCAAGAGAGACUGGAAACUGUGACUGUUGGAGAAUCAGCCAUUUUUGCUUCAGCCAAACCAGGAAAGAUUGGGAAGAAAAAAUAAACAUAUGUUUUUUGUAUUAUUUGUAUGACUCUUUUGUAUAAAUACAUGUUCAUCUUA